CCAUGACCCGGAAGUAAUAUGUUUCAUUGGAGGAAGUUUUCCGCCACAAGAACGACACUGAUUUUACGGGGGGAUUGAGACAAAACGAGAAGAGGACGCUUAAAACCAAAGAAAACAAAGUAUGGACUCUCCAGACAGAAGUCCAAGUCCUCCGCAAAAAGAACAAAGUGGACCUUCGGAAGAUGAGUCCACUUCAGCAGAGAAGCCCCAAGAGGCUGACUCGGCCGAGAAAAGUCCCAAAGAGAGGUCUCCUCAGGCCAGUCCUGCAGAUCGUUCCCCCUCCAGGAGUCCUGCCUCCAGCAGCUCAGACGACAGCAGCAGCAGUGAUGAUGAUGAAGAACAUCAGGGGGCACUGAGGAAGUUAAGGAGCAGUGUGGCUCAGAUCAAAAGAUCAAGAUCCAAGUCCAGGUCCAGGGAGCGAGACAGAUCAAUAUCCAGAGAAAACGACAAAUCGAGGUCCAGAGAGCGAGACAGAUCGAGAUCAAGAUCCAGAUCCAGAGAGAGAGACCGAUCAAGGUCCAGAGGACGCGACAGGUCCAGGUCCAGAGAGCGGGACAGGUCCAGGUCCAGGUCCAGAGAGCGGGACAGGUCCAGGUCAAGAGGUCGAGACCGAUCAAGGUCCAGAGAGAGAGACCGAGACCGUGGACGCUAUGACAGAGGACGCUAUACAAGGGAUCGCUAUGACGAUCGCCGUGACGACAGGGAUGGUCGUUUUGACCGGCGGACCAAUAGAGAUGCAGAGUCGGAUUACAGGAGGCGAGGACGCUCAGGCUCCCCAACAGCAGACAAAGAUCCAGCGGCAGCAGAGGAGCCGCCUGUCAAGAAGAAGAAGGAGGAGCUCGACCCGAUCUUGACGAGGACGGGCGGAGCUUACAUCCCCCCUGCCAAGCUGCGCAUGAUGCAGGCGCAAAUUACUGACAAGACCAGCCUGGCCUAUCAGAGGAUGAGCUGGGAGGCCCUGAAGAAGUCCAUCAACGGUCUGAUCAACAAAGUCAACGUGUCGAACAUCGUCCACAUCAUCCAGGAGCUGCUGCAGGAGAACAUCGUCAGGGGGAGGGGUCUGCUGGCUCGCUCGGUGCUACAGGCUCAGGCGGCAUCUCCGAUCUUUACUCACGUUUACUCAGCCGUUGUCGCCAUCAUCAACUCCAAGUUUCCUCAGAUUGGAGAGCUGAUCCUCAAACGCCUCAUCCUGGCCUUCAGGAGGAGCUACCGCCGCAACCUCAAGCAACAGUGCCUGACAGCCUCCAAGUUUGUGGCCCAUCUCAUCAACCAGAACGUGGCACACGAGGUCUUGUGUCUGGAGAUGCUCACUCUGCUGCUGGAGCGUCCGACUGACGACAGCGUGGAGGUCGCCAUCGCCUUCCUGAAGGAGUGUGGACUCAAACUGACCGAGGUGUCCCCGCGAGGAAUCAACGCCAUAUUUGAGCGUCUCAGGAAUGUCCUCCACGAGUCGGCCAUUGAUAAGAGGGUCCAGUACAUGAUCGAGGUGAUGUUCGCCAUCAGGAAAGACGGUUUCAAAGAUCAUCCAGUGAUCCCAGAGGGGCUGGACCUGGUGGACGAGGAGGACCAGUUCACCCACAUGCUGCCACUGGACGACGAGUACAACCCAGAGGACAUCCUCAACGUGUUCAAGAUGGACCCAGACUUCCAGGAGAACGAGGAGAAAUACAAAACCAUCAAAAGAGAUAUCCUGGACGAGGGCAGCAGCGACUCGGGGGAGGAGGGCGAUGGCAGUGACGAAGAUGAAGACGAUGAAGAAGAGAAUGCAGAAGAGGGAGAAGAUGAGAAGGUCACAAUCUUUGAUCAGACAGAAGUCAACCUGGUUGCUUUCAGAAGAACCAUCUACCUCGCUAUCCAGUCCAGUUUGGACUUCGAGGAGUGCGCUCACAAACUGAUCAAGAUGGACUUUCCUGACAGCCAGACGAAGGAGCUGUGUAAUAUGAUCCUGGACUGCUGCGCUCAACAGAGGACCUACGAGAAGUUCUUUGGUCUGCUGGCCGGGAGGUUCUGUCUGCUGAAGAAAGAGUACAUGGAGAGUUUUGAGGGGAUCUUCGCAGAGCAGUACGACACAAUUCACCGUCUGGAGACCAACAAACUGAGGAACGUGGCUCGACUGUUUGCUCACCUGCUCUACACAGACUCUGUACCCUGGAGUGUGUUGGAGUGUAUCAGGAUGAGUGAGGAGACGACAACAUCGUCCAGCAGGAUCUUUGUGAAGAUCCUUUUCCAGGAGCUCUGUGCCUACAUGGGCCUCCCCAGACUCAACCAGAGGCUCAAAGACCCGACUCUGCAGUCAUUCUUUGAAGGUCUUUUUCCUCGUGAUAAUCCCAGAAACACUCGCUUCGCCAUCAACUUCUUCACCUCUAUUGGACUGGGAGGACUGACGGACGAUUUGAGGGAACAUUUAAAGAACGCUCCCAAGAUGAUCAUGACUCAGAACCAGGAAGUGGAAUCCUCCGACUCCUCCUCGUCCUCAUCGUCAUCUUCCUCCUCAUCUGACUCCUCUUCCUCAGACUCCUCCAGCGAAUCAGAUUCUUCAGACUCCUCGUCCAGCAGCAGCAGCAGCUCAGACUCGGACAGCAAACACAGGAAGAAGAAGAAGAGAAAAGAACAAACCACCGAGAAGAAGAAGAAGAAAGGAGAGGAGACGAAGAAGAAAAAGGACAAACAGUCGGACAAGAAGCGAGCUGGACGCAAGAAUGACAGUGAGGACAAUGAUGACAGUGAUGACGAGAAGCACGCGAGGAAGGACAGGAAAGGUCGUGCACGUGAGGUGGAGGGGCGUCAGCGUGCACGUGAUGCCGAGGAGCACGAGCGUGCACGUGACGGCCCUCACCGGAGCAGACGAGACGAAAGGGAAGAAGAAGAGAUGAGGCAGCAGGAGGAGAGGAGACGGAAAAUGGACGUUCAGGGCCGACAAAGAGACGCAGACAGGGACAGAGACAGAGACGCAGACAGAGACAGAGACGCAGACAGAGACAGAGACAGAGGGAGGGAUCGAGAGAGGGAACGAGGAAGGGACAGAGAGACGGAGGAGAAGAGAGAGAGGGACAGAGAGCGAGAGAAGCCGAGGGACAGAGAGAGGAACAAAGAGAACAGAGACAGGAACAGAGAGCGAGAGGAGAGGAGGAGGAGGUAAAACUUUUCAUCCCUCGUGCAGCAGCAGCAGUGAUGGACUGAUGACUGACAGACAAGUGAAGUCUCCGUCUUCUCCUCCUGUCCGUCAUCCCUCGCUUCUUUACCUCAUCCUGUCAGUCACUGCUGUUUUGGAUUUGGGACCUGUUUCUCUCCGUCUCUCCUUCUUCUCCUGUCUCUCCGUCUCAAUCCGUCUCUCUCUGUAUUUUGUAUUAAUGAUUUUUGUUGUUGAUAAAAUGCAAAAAAAAAAAAUUAAAGUUGAUUUAGAUGUUUUGUAAA